UUGACUUCUAUAUAUGUUUUUCUAGAUUUGUGCAUAUAUGUUUGUAGGAUUAUUAGACUAUUUACUUGUGUGCUUGUACAUGGAUAUGCAUAAUUUGUGCUAUCAAUGUAAAUAAUCUGGGAGCUUAUGAUAGAACAUCUGUUGUUCUUUGUUUACAAUCUCCAUCUACCGUGCAUGAAUGAGCCCAUAGGUCCCAUUUGAUGUUCUAUAUGUAUAUUCAUUCAGUUUUAACUUGUUCACGGGUUAGAAAACCGAGUGUGUUUAGUUGUCGUCUUGUCGAAAUAGAUUAAGCAACUAAAAUCUCUAUUUGUUAAUUUUACCUUCAAAUUUGUUUUUAGGCUUCGCAAACCUAUAAAGGGAUGCAAAAGUAAAGGAAAACAAUAAUAUUACAUUAUUACUGUUAAUGGAAAUGCAAGGAACUGUUAAAAAAAUUGCUAUUGGGAGGGGAAGGGAAGGCCUAAAUUAACACGAUAACAAGAAUACACAAUUCGAGUUGAAGUCAUCAGACCAAUUUGAAGGCUUGGGGAAUUUAAGUUAGUCAUAGAAUCACAAGAUGAAGAAGAUGAUAGCACUUGGGUUUGAAGGGUCAGCCAAUAAGAUUGGUGUUGGGGUUGUGACCCUUGACGGCUCAAUUUUGUCAAACCCUAGGCACACCUACAUCACCCCACCAGGCCAUGGAUUCCUCCCCAGAGAAACUGCCCAACACCAUCUCCAACACAUCCUUCCACUCAUCAAGUCCGCCCUCAAGACGGCCCAAAUAACUCCAAACGAUAUCGAUUGUCUUUGUUACACUAAAGGGCCUGGCAUGGGUGCGCCAUUGCAGGUUGCUGCUGUUGUUGUUCGGGUUCUUUCACAGAUUUGGAACAAACCCAUUGUGGCAGUGAACCAUUGUGUUGCACAUAUUGAGAUGGGGAGGAUUGUGACUGGGGCAGUUGAUCCUGUUGUUUUGUACGUGAGUGGUGGGAACACCCAGGUGAUUGCGUAUAGCGAGGGGCGGUAUCGGAUUUUUGGGGAGACUAUAGAUAUUGCUGUCGGGAAUUGCUUGGACCGGUUUGCUAGGGUUCUGACUUUGUCUAAUGAUCCGAGCCCUGGGUACAACAUUGAGCAGCUUGCAAAGAAAGGCGAAAAGUUCAUAGACCUUCCCUAUGUUGUCAAAGGAAUGGAUGUUUCGUUUAGCGGAAUACUGAGUUACAUCGAAACCACUGCGGAGGAAAAGCUAAAAAAUAAUGAGUGCACCCCGGCAGAUUUGUGCUAUUCCCUGCAGGAAACGGUUUUUGCGAUGCUUGUGGAGAUUACAGAACGGGCAAUGGCACAUUGUGAUUCAAAAGAUGUUCUGAUUGUUGGCGGUGUGGGGUGCAAUGAGCGGUUGCAAGAGAUGAUGAGAAUCAUGUGCUCAGAGAGGGGUGGAAACUUGUUUGCGACGGAUGACAGGUAUUGUGUCGACAAUGGUGCGAUGAUUGCAUAUACUGGUCUCCUUGCUUAUGCUAGUGGGAUGUCAACUCCGCUGGAGGAAUCGACCUUCACACAACGGUUCAGAACUGAUGAAGUACUGGCAAUCUGGAGAGAGAAGGAGGGAUCAGAAAAUGUUCUUGUGGACACAAGUGUCUAAUUAACUAUCUUUUGGGGUAUGUGUUCGUUUUAUUCUUCUUUUUGUUUUUUUAGUUUAUCCCCCGUAUUUUUUCUUCAAGUUAGAUCAUCACAAGUUGCUUCCUCGUGUUAUAUUGGAAUUGGGGUUUUCAGGGAAUUCACAAACCCGAUAACCAUGGGCAAGAAAAAUUCCUAUAAUUGCGGUUGUUCCUGUUCAUCAACUGCAAACCGGGAACGGAUAACGAUAGCUUCUUUUUCCUUGUUGAGCUAGAUUUGUUUUUGUUUGCUUUAGACUAAAUAUGAAAACUUUAAUAAACAGAACGAGCUUCUAUCCUUAAGGAUAGAAAUCACCUUCUUCCCUUGUUUGUCAGGUUGAGACUUGACCUACUCACCUGUAAAGAAUGCAGCAGAGAAUAAUGGAAUUAGUAUUAAGGAUGUCAUUUGUGUUUUUGCUCCAAAAACCACAAGGAAGCAUAUUUGUUUGUAAAAUUCAGAUCUUAGUGAUAAUUAGCGACUUAGCGUUCACGUAUAACAAGUAGUUACAAAUUCACCUUGUCAUUUUUUCCCAAUUCUUAUAGUAGUUGCUUUAAGACCUUGAAGAUUUUCUUCACUACAGAUGGGAUUUGAGAGACAAGAAAAGUUUAUGGGAGCCUUGUAACUUGCACAAUUCCUGUUUUUCUCGUUGAACAUGACAGUUAUAUCACUGUUAUAGUGCUGUGUUUUGGCAUAUAUUGUUACUUUGGCUCUGCUAAAUGUAUGAAAUACCCAUUCUCAGACACUUGACAGUAGAAAAGAGAAUGGGAUACGUGUCCAACAUAAGUAGAGGGGCGUUCAUUCAGCAAGUAUAUUUAGUAAAUUGGGUUUUACUAUUUGACCCCAUAUAAAUUCAUCUUAUCACAGAUGAAAUGUUCUAUGGCACUUUGUAAACACCAUUUUUUCCUUACAAGAGAAAAAUGCACAUUAUAAAUAUGAAUGUUGUACCUUAUCUCCAUGUACUUGACACGAAAUAGAUGAAUACAAAACUUCAGAUACACCUCACACACGCCCCCAAGUCCAUGCAACAUAGGUGCCUAGCUGGAUCAAGGCUAAUUUCAGCUCUAAAAUUUUUCAUCCCUUAGGUGUUUAGUGGCCUAUUUAGCACGGAUACGGAUACGGACACGGACACAAAACACGGGAAUUCAAAAGGAUGGGGACACAGACACAGUGGUUUACAUGGUAAAAAAUUUGAAGGGAAGGGGUCUUAUUGGCAAUCAAACAGGGUCUCUGUCGAUUCUGUAUUGAGUGUGAUGCAGCUGCAAUUAAAAGUGCAGAAUCAAAGGAAAGUGCCAGCUGUGGAUAUUGAUUCAACGAUGAAAGACAUUUGGCAUUUGUUUGAAUCUUGUUUAGAAAUCCCAGUUGUUUGGGUAUAUCGACUUGUAACAGAGUAGCACAUGAUAAUGGUAAACAUGCCCUAGUGAGUGGGAUGAGUGAGUCCAUGGCAUUGUGCUGUUCCUAUAUGGUUCUACUUCUUAUUUGGACUUAGACCGUGUUGUCCUAUCAAUGAAACUAUCUUAUAUAUAUAGGCACGCGAGCUAUAUCAGUAAAUUUGGAAAAACAGGAUUAUAUGUAUCUUUCUCAACUUUCAAGCACGUUUACUAAAAGGUUUCGUGGGACCAGAUGAGCUUAGACGGAAGCUGGUCUCUGGUUGAACCGAACUCUUCAUUGUGAUCACGACACAGGUUAUAUUUGCAGUUAAGGCCUAUGGCUGCAGUGCUGAGUGAAAGGAAUAACAAGUGGGUGACGACUUGGGUCUUGUUUGGCAGAAUAUUGAAGGCAUCAACAUAUGUGGGGCAAUGAGUCAAUAACGCCCAUCCAAUUGAGUCUUUUUCUUUUCCCUUUUAGGUUAGAUUAAUGUUGUAGUCAAGGCAGGAGGCCACGACCAUUUACUAUCUUCAAAGAAGAAGGGAACGGUAAGAGUGUUUAGAAUCCAUGGAAAAUAGCAUCCUUUUCUUUUUGUAUGAUUUUUCUUAAUGGAAGUCUUAUUCUUGUACUAGUCUUUGAGCUUUAGCCAUUGUGGACUAUUUCGCUCGUACUUUCAAUAGCUAAUUUUCCCAUUAAUACUACUCAGUCAGAUUUGAAACCACAAUAUUAUGAUGAAAAUGCGCAUGGAGUACAACACAAUGAGUCGCAAGUCUACCUAGUGUUGUUGGGCACUUCGAUGGAUAUGUCUGUAGUUGCUGAGAGGUGUAGGAUCAGAGUGAGGGACACAGAUGUCGUGACACAAAUCCGAAUACCGAUCUGCGUGUCCCGCUGAGAAAAAUCAAUUAAAUCUAAUGAACGUGCCGUGUGGUGUGUCGCACACGUAUUUCGGCGUGUGCCCGGGGUGUUGGACAAGAUAUGGUGACCUCUAGGUGUGUCGGCACUUCAUAGUUAGUGCUAUCCUUUAUUUUUUCCCCAUUAGCUCUGGACCGUUUGGUUACAGCACUACACCUUGCAUUUUGGUCCAGACACAUCUCAGGUAAAAAAACUUGUGUUACUUUCACUGUCAUUGGUACUUUUGAUAGGGCUAUAGAGUGGCGAUUUGGUAGUCUAAUGACUUGUUGCUUCUUCUGUUUCAGUUGUGUCGUGGCUGGAUUGAGCUCAAACGAGGACAGUGCGGCCAGAGGUAAUCCAAAAAGGCCACUAUUGGUUUUCAUUGGCAAAUUGGGGUGACAAAUCUGGCAGCUGAGUUUUCGGCUCUAGAGAUGGUCUCCAAGUAGUUUGUACUUUAAACAUGCACAAUUAUUAGUUGCAACAGAUGCCUAGCUAGAGAAAGUUUGUUAGCUGUAUUAUCUGAUCUGCGACUGUGAAUUCCUCCUCGGGUGACCACUCUUUAAACUCGUGCUUCGUGAACCAACUUUCUAGCAAAGGCGGUGAAUCCAGCUACUACGGGAUAGUAAUAGUACUGUGGGAGUUUCUCUGUGUAAUUUUAUUGUGUCUGUGUCUUAUGUGAAUGCUCAAGGAGUUUCAUGCUCAUAUUUAACUUAAUUUAAUUUGGUUUUAAUUA